AUGGCCCCUUCUCGAGUCCAACGGAAGCAAAUUGUACUGUCGAAAAGAGCACAGCAGUUGCUUAAUACCGAGGCGGAGUACACGGUCGGUGGCUUUACACCUCUGCCGGGUUUCAUGGACCGAGGCAAGGGUGCGCAACUAUGGGAUGUGGAUGGCAAGGAGUACCUCGAUUUCAUUUGCAUGUUCAGCGCGGGCAAUCAAGGACACUGCCAUCCGACAAUAGUCGCAGCGAUGAUCGAGCAGAUCAAUAAGGGCAAGUUGGCCUACCUCAUCAACACUUCUACUCACAAUUCGCGUUGGCCCGUCUUUGCAGAGAUGAUGUGCAAGAGGUUCAAAUACGACAAGAUCUCCGCGAUGGUGACCGGCGCCGAGGGAGCUGAUCUGGCUUGCAAAAUCGCUAGGCGUCAUGCUCAUGAGGUUAGAGGCAUUCCAGCGGACGAGGUACUGAUUCUAGCUGUCUCGGACAGCUACCACGGACUGUCUUCUGGCGUCUGGAAUCUGCAAGAUCCUAGUCCCGCACGAACAGCUUAUGGCCUCGAUAGCGCGCAACAUACCAACGUCAAUCCCUCUACGAAGGAGCUGCUGCGGUAUGGUCAUUUGGAAGACAUGGAGGCCUGUCUUGCAGAGCACCACGUGCGUGUGGGGGCAAUCAUCAUAGAGUGCAUACGCAACACAGGAAACACUUACGAAGAAGAAGUCUCCUUCGCCCGGGGGAUCUACGACCUAUGCAAGAAAUACAACAUUCCCUUCAUCGCCGACGAGGUCCGAAUGGGAGCUUGCAAAACGGGAAAGUUCUUCUCUUUCAACCAUCUGGGCCCAGACGUCCGCCCCGAUCUGCUUGUGGUCGGAAAAUCCAUGACCGGCGGUGCUUAUCCGGCCUCGUUCGUCCUGGGUGACGACGCUAUGAUGUCGGUAGUCGGGCCAUAUGAGAGCGGCUCGACGUUCGCACAUACGCCCAUGGCAAUCGCGGCUGCGGAAGCGGCACUGAAGGUCCUAGAUGAGGAGAAGAUGGCGGAGCGAGCAGCGCAUCUCGAAAAGAGGUUUCUAGAGCUGACGAACGACUUGAGGAAGCAUCCACAUGUGGCUGACAUUCAGGCUCGUGGUGCAGAUUUCAGCAUUCCAAUUCGAGAAAACCCAGAAGGAAGGGUGACGGCAAGAAGGAUUGGAGGCUUGUGCUUGAGCAAAGGACUGCUAUUAUAUCCGUUGGGUGGACGUUUGAGGAUGGGCGUGAGCAUGGUGAUGACGGAUGCGCAGUUGGAAAAAGGGGUGCAAAUCAUCAGGGAAGCACUAGAUGAGGUCGUGGAAUAUCAGGAUGCGAUUCCGGGGGAGGUGUGGCAUAAGGCUCAUUAG